AUGGGGAGACGCAGUUCCGGACGGCUGCUGGACAGCCCAUCCAAACAACUCUUGCUCGAGCUCGCGCGUGAUCUCGAGCAGAUUCGUCUACAUCAUGAGGAGCUGAAAAAGGUCGACGAGUAUCACCGGAGAUCCUUUCACGAACGUCAGGAUGAGAUAGACCGUGAAUGCCAGGCGGUGUACUAUGCCGCCAUCGAUGCAGCUACCGCGAUGUACGAUCAACAUCGUCUCGAGGCCGAGGAGGUUCUCCAGAACCAUCUCCGAGAAGUCGAGGAAGAGAGACGCCGGAAGCAGGAGGAAGAGGAACGGCGCGCCAGGGAGGAACUCUUGGCUCGGCAGGCCGAAGAGGAGAGACGUAGGGAAGCCGAAAGACGAGCUCAGGAGGAAGAGGCACGAAGGAGGAGAGAAGAGGAAGAGAAGGCGAGGAGGUUGGCAGAGGAAGAGAGAGCCCGCCGCGAGCGGGAGCGUCUCGAAGAGGAGAAGCGACAGCGCCAGGCGGCUGAAGAAGCCGCGCGAAAGAAGGCCGAGGAGAAACAUGCGCCGAUCCGUGACAAACUGAAGCAGUUGGGAGCCGCCCAUCGCACACCAGAAGAGAUCGACGAGCAUGGCCGCUACCUGCAGCUGCACUACGAUCUGAAGAUGCUACGGAAGAAUCUGACAGAGCAAGGAAAGCAGAACCCGGAAUUGAAACAAACGAUGGGAGACUUGCGAAGGACGAUUGUGAAGUGCAUCGGCCAGUUGAGAGAGGGCAAGGGCGCCAACAAGAAACAGCUGCAAGAAAUCAAAGAAUGUCUCGACAAGGGCAAACAGUAUACGGCCAUCACGGUGGAUAUCCGCACCUACAUCGCCUUUCCGCCCGACAAUAUCAAAAACGCGUCCAGCGAAGAAGCCAGUGUGCCAGCGCUGUUCGUAUAUCUUCUCAACAUCCUGACCAAGGCGGUGAUCGCUCAGCUCGUCAACGAAGCAAGCAUCAACACCAAGUACGCGGAACCGCUAGGCAUCAUCACGGCGCAGAUUUUCUCGUUGGAGGCAUACAGCUACCGCAGCUAUCCGCUGGUCGACAUCUUCUGGGCCAAGUACCGGGUCGUCUGCCCGGCCCUCUGGGGGUUUUCAGGCGACGAGCGGACGGAGCAAGGCAAGCAGUCGCUGGGCUGGUGGCGGGUUGAACCGGGCGGCCCGUUCAUCACGGAGCAGGAGCACGUCGAGCGCAUGACGGGCCUGGGCGCCGGGUACGCCGCCGUCACGCUGCGCAACUUCAACAAGGUCAGCCGCGGCAACCCGUUUCCGAACACCCUGUUCUGGAAGACGAUGCACAUCAUCCUGUCCAUCCCUCCGGACGAGCUGCAGGACACGCACUUCCACCUGCUGAACGCGAUGCUGCGUCAUUCGCCGGACCGACUGGUCGGGUUCUUUGGGCAUGCGGGCCUGGCGCUGCUGCGGAAUGCCAUAGUCGACAUCCCCAACCGCGUGACGCGGAAGCACACGACGGCGAUCAACACGCUGAAAGUGUUGCGGGAGAUAUUUAAGGGGGAGAAGAACAUUAUUCUUUGA